CCUGCCUAUACGCAGAUCGCUCGCAAUUUCCGAUCUUGCAGUUCUUUCUCUACGACUUCCUUGACAUCAUUUCUCUUAGCUGUGAUUCCACUUUUGCUUCUAUUCCUCAAUUAUCAAUUAUCAAUUAUCAAUUGCCAAUUGUCAAACUUCCAUCUAUGCGCUUCUCGUUCGACAUCGCAACUCCGCACGGACUAGUACCAGACGAGGCGGCUCAGACGUCUGAAACACUCCUGGUCACGCCCUAGAAGCAAUUUCCAUUCUUCUAGAAGCCGACAUGAUGGUCAAAUUGCAUAAUUGAUCUUUUGAUUGCUUGGAAGUAUUGAAACGUGUUUUGUUCAUGCGAGAGCUCCAUCCCCGAAGCUCCUGUCCUUCUACAUAGGUUCCUCAGCUCUACACCGUUGUUCAAAUGGCCUAGCCUAACCAGCCUCGACGUCCCACCGCCUAUUGGACCUCCCACGUCAAUCGCAUUGAAUCGCGCAAUAUUACGAUGCCCUAGAACCGGGAUCCAGAGAAUUGGAACCACUUGCCCCCAAUCUCUGGACCGUCCGCUAGCAUUCGGCGAGGUACCAUUUCUAGAUUAACGGUACGAUGACGACUUUUAGUCGCUUGACAUGUACCUUAGACGAGAGAGGACUAGGAGAGAGAAUCGUGUCCAACAUGACCCUGCUUAGCUAUCCCGCCAAGUAUCUCAAGCCCCAUCGCUCCCGCUUGGUGAUCCAAGCAUCAUCAUCAUCAUAGUAUCUCCCGAAACAAACCAGGUCCCAGUAUACAUGGGUGUUGCGACUUCGAGGUCGCCAGGUCGCCUGCUGCGCUGCCAGAUUACCCUGGGAGCAGACCGUUAGUGGCUCUAGUGUCAUACUUUCCCUUGUUUUUUGCUCGGCAAUCUGUCAAACGCGUUCUGUGGCUACUUGCUACCUUGCCAAUUUCACUCGCCCUAUGGCGUGUCAGGGAUCAGAGCUCUCUUAAUUCUUAUUAUAGCCCACCCCAGUUCCAAUAUAUCCCCUCCAAGCGGACGAGGGAGAGAGUGACCCAUUCCUUUCUAACUGCCCUAGCAGCCGAGCUUGGGCGCGCCACUUAAUACACGUAAAUACACAUCCAGUACAUCCAGUCAACCGGCAUUCUGACCCUCCGGGGAUUGCCCACUGCCUUGGCUUCCCUGGUUGAAAAAAAAAAGGUUGAACAGGGGCCCAUUCUGUCGUGAGCCUGGGUGCGGCCCACCUCGAUAAUUCGCUUGUCAUGCUCUACAGACACUGCCCAACUGCGCGGUAGGUCCCGUUUCAGCUGUUCAUUUCUCUAUUCGGCCGUCUCGUUUUGUAAGCUUCUAUGCGUUUUCCAGACGUUCCUCUCUUUGGAAUUACUUAGACCUUUGGCAAUCUUAUUUGGGGAAGAACUCGACCAGGGUCACAAGAAGACAACUGGUACUUUCUCACCCUGUCAGUGUCCGAGUACCUCACCCGUUGUGGGUUUAUCGUUGCCCCAGUUGCAUCAUAACCUCCGGCUGGGGUAUCUUCUAUAUCCGGCAAGCUGACCAUGGCAUAAGAUCACCAAAUUAUGCUACCGUCAUCGCCGGGCGAGGUAACCGAAUCUCCACACCCGUUCAGGAACGAUACUUGUCUCGCACAUGGCAAAUCAGGCCAAGUGCUUUAACUUGUGGAUGAAAAAAGAGAGGUAGUUCUAGGUUGUCAUAGUACUUGCGGGUCGUUCCCUAGCUCGUCCAUGCCUGGACAGAAACGAGAAAAGAAGAUCAGACGAUAUAAUGCAUCCCUUGCCCGCUGCUGUUCAUUUUCCACUUUGACGUUUUGUUACCAUAUAAUAGACCCAGCUAAGGAAUCCAAGAAAAAGGACGGAUCCCCAUACUCUCGGCCAAGCUUGGGUGCCAGUGAGCUGUUAAAGAGUCUACGCGGGCUGCCCCGAACUUGAUUUUUAUUUCUUUGGCUUACGGAUAUUCGCCGCCCUGCAAGACGAUCUUACCUUAACACCACACAAUCCUACAACGUCCCGCACCUGACCAACUCACCGACGACUACUACUGCACCAGCAUAUGUACUCGGCUGCUGGGCAAGUAAGUGCUCAGCCUACUAAUUAUUCAACCCCAAUCCGACAGGACGGGCAUCAUCAUCGAUCCCACGCGCGAGACUCGCCCUCCCAACUUACAACCGCCCGCACAUCAGCAGCCCCGAGGGGCUCCAGUCCAUCAAAUUCUUUCCAUACAGACUCCGGCGACCGUCCAGAGCGGUUCGCUCUGGCGGAACCCAUGCAUCGACGGCACGCUGGCGGGCAACUAUCGAGUAGGACCGGACUACAAUGUCGAUUACUCUCCACAAGAAUCGCAUCCGGGCGAGCAGAGUCAGUCUCAACACGCAUACGACACGCAUCACCACAGAGGAAAUCCAAUGCAGCACGCGGGACACGGGAGUUUACAUGAAUCAGCGCAGUCGCACUCUCACCACACCAUGUCGCAGCAUCACCCCACCCAUCACCACCAGAUCCUAAUGGAUCCGGCGCAUCUCGGCGGCCAUCCGGCCGCUCGCCAUAUGGCUCAUCAGCCUUCACACUACGGCCCAACACAGUCGCCUCACUCCGUGGUUGGUCCGCCGUUAUACCCGGCUAUGACGCCUACUCAGCCGCAUAGCGCUGGGACGAAACGCAGUCGUCCAGACGACCUUGACUUAUCCGGCGGGAUGUCUGAACUUGAAUCAGGCGAUCUAGAUAACAUGCAGCAGUCUAUGGGAGCUCCAUAUGCGCAGUCUUCCGGCGCAGCUCCAACUCACCAUCAUCACCGUUUACCAGAUCAAGGGCCGCCUUCGAAGAUGAUGAGACGCGAAGGUGACGGAAGCAUGGGGGCCGCUGGGGGUGGCGCUCCGAGCGUAGUAGGACAAGCCGGAAUGCCACCGCCGGCACCGAGGCCAAGAGGGCCGAAGCUAAAGUUUACGCCGGAAGAUGACGCACUACUUAUCGAUCUGAAGGAAAACAAAAGCUUGACGUGGAAACAGAUUGCCGACUUCUUCCCGGGGCGUUCCUCGGGUACACUCCAAGUCCGGUAUUGUACGAAGCUCAAAGCAAAGACGACUCAAUGGACAGACGAGACAGACCAAAAGCUUCGGACGGCGCUUCAAGACUACGAAAACGAGAAGUGGCGCUUCGUUUCCAACAAAGUUGGCCCCGGGUUUACUCCUCAGGCUUGCCGAGAGCGGGCCGCGCAGCUUUCUGGAGAGGUGGCGGAUGUUGGGGAGGAAAACUUAUAGCAAUCAGCGUCCCCGCCAGGAGUUUCAGCUCCUGGGGCUGGGGACACCAUCUAUCCGCAGCAGCUUCAGGGUUGAGGUGUAACCAGAAGCGGACGCCACCAUCACCGACACUCUGGGAUCAGAGUGACAAUAAGACGGACACGACUCAGCACCGUCGUCGAAUACCAUAAUACGUUACCUUACAUCGGAAGCCGUGAGUUAGGAAUUGGCCAUGAAAUGUUGUCGACUCGGCAAAAGUAACGAAGAGAGGGGAAUUCUACCAUGCCUCUACGACUAAUUAGCCUUGCGGAAUUACCGAUCUAAAACGCGCGACGCAUCAAGCAUGUUUACAAACACAUAUUUACUAUUAUCACCAAUGGAAUACUGUACAACAAAUAGUAAUAGGCCAGGGUUUUACCUUCUCCUGGUCUCCGGGGCGGAUACUUGCUUAAUACUAGAGAUACCAAACUACGACAGGCAUGCCUUUUAUUCGUAAUAUUGACACAUUGACGACUAAAAUCUAGAAAUCAUGGGGAAAGG